CUGCAGACCUUCUCCGUCCCCGGCUCCAUGUACCUGUCGAUCCUCGGUGGCGCCCUGUGGGGCGUCCUCAUCGCGCUGCCGCUCGUCUGCUUCUGCGUCGCGACUGGCGCCCUCCUGUGCUACCUCAUGAGCGCGGCGCUCGGUCCGGCCGUCCUGCGCAACUCGGAGGUGUGGCGCGAGCGGGUCGAAGCGUGGACCGACCGCGUCGCCAAGCACGACAGCAACCUUGUCAGCUACUUGAUCGUUCUUCGCAUUGCGCCGCUCCCACCGCACUGGAUGGUCAACGUCGUCGCACCCCACCUCGGGAUCAGCGUCUGGAAAUUUUGGCUGUCGACCUUCCUCGGUCCGUCCCUCUCUCUCUCUCUCUCUCGUCCGCAAGCUCUCCCUCUCACGGGCACAAGACUGACUCUCGACCUUGCGCGCAGGUAUCGCCGGCGUGUCGUACAUUCACACGACGAUCGGGACGACGCUCGACCAGAUGACGAGCUCAAGCGACUUUCACCUCGUCAGCUGGCAGAACGGCCUCGGCCUCGGCGGCAGUGCGUCCACUUCCUCCCUCCUUGUCUACCCAGUUCGCCCUGA